AUGUCCAAGGUCUCCCGAGAGACUCUUUACGAAGCUGUCGAUGCUCUCCUCAAGGGCUCUGCCGAGAAGAAGCGAAACUUCCUCGAGACUGUUGAGCUUCAGAUCACCCUCAAGAACUACGAUCCCGCAAAAGACAAGCGUUUCAGCGGUACCGUCAAGCUCCCCAACGUCCCCCGACCAAAGCAGAAGAUCUGCAUCAUCGGUGAUGCCGCCCAUAUCGAUGAGGCCAACAAGAUCGGUGUCGACUCCAAGUCCACUGACGAUCUCAAGAAGCUCAACAAGGACAAGAAGCUUGUUAAGAAGCUCGCCAAGAGCUACGAUGCUUUCCUCGCUUCCGAGACCAUCAUCAAGCAGAUUCCUCGACUUCUCGGUCCCGGUCUCAACAAGGCUGGUAAGUUCCCCACCAUGUUGACCCACAGCGAAUCGAUGGAGGCCAAGGUCAACGAAAUCAAGGCUACCAUUAAGUUCCAGAUGAAGAAGGUCCUCUGCCUCAACGUUGCCGUCGGUAACGUCGACAUGAACGACGAUCAGCUCGUCAACAACCUCACCAUGUCCAUCAACUUCUUGGUCUCCCUCCUCAAGAAGAACUGGCAGAACGUCAAGGCUCUCUACGUCAAGUCCACCAUGGGCAAGCCCACUCGAAUCUAUUAA